AUGCGGACGGCCUUCCUCUUUGGCCGACAAUGUCUUCGACAAGGCGUCCGCCAAUCCGCCCAAUUCGCCCCGCGUCACUCCCGUCCCUUCUCCUCGGCGCACAACUUUGGCCGCAAGUACUUCAGCGCUCCUCCUCGAAUAACUGGGCGACCGAUACACCUUGCUGCGCUCAGCCCCCUCGCCUUUGUCGCUAUUAGUGAAGAGGAUACCCAACAUGGGGACAAAACUCAUGAGGCGGCUAUGUUGGAGGCGUCGCGAAAGGAAUUGGCCGAACACGUCCCAAAAGCCUUGAAAGGCUCAAAGGUGCGGCGAGGGGUAUAUUUUUUCAUAGAUCUGUACAUCAUCGAGCCGAUAUGUACUGGCCUGAGGUUUCUUCAUCUGGUCUUUAUAUUCGUGCCUGUGCUAGUCACAGUGCCAGCCAUGUGGAUUGGAGCGCGUCAACCCGGACGGGACAAUGAGAGAAGCGGUACCCUUUGGUGGUACGGUUUCUUGACUAGAUCAAUGGAGCGAGCUGGUGCUGCUUUCAUCAAGCUUGGUCAAUGGGCAGCCUCAAGAUCCGACGUAUUCCCUACGGAGAUGUGUCGAAUGAUGUCAUCUAUGCAUUCGAAUGCGCCAGCACAUGCCCUUUCUAAAACGAAAAAGAUAGUGGAGAGGGCGUUCGAUGGACGAGUAUUUGAAGACAUCUUCGACGAGUUUCAAGAGGAACCUCUUGGAGUCGGCGCAAUUGCUCAAGUAUACAAGGCGAAGCUAAAGACUGAUCUUGCUGCACCGGGAGACACUGACCUCGAAGACGAGCCUCCGAAUCUGCGUCAACGGUUCAGAAAAAAUGUCGAUGUGACGCUGAAAAGCAUGCCGCAGCGAGUUCCCUCCACGUAUGUUGCUGUCAAGGUUCUUCACCCCAAGGUGGACAGGAUCGUCCAAAGAGAUAUACGAAUCAUGGCAUUCUUUGCUGCAUUGAUCAACGCAAUUCCGACUAUGGAGUGGUUCUCAUUCCCUGAUGAAGUGGAGCAAUUCGGAGAGAUGAUGAGGCUCCAAUUGGAUUUGCGAAUUGAGUCUGCUAAUUUGUCUAUCUUCCGGAAGCACUUCAAGAACCGCGGUACCGCAUGGUUUCCCUUUCCAUAUACCGAUUACACCACGCGCGAGGUGCUAAUUGAAGAGUUUGCCCAAGGCAUUCCGCUUGAAGAUUUCCUCCAGAAUGGAGGUGGUGUUUUCCAGAAAGAUCUUGCCGACGAGGGCCUCGACGCGUUCCUGCACAUGCUGCUGAUUGACAACUUCAUUCACGCCGACCUGCACCCUGGUAACAUCAUGGUAAGAUUCUACAAGCCAGAAAAGCUCGACGUGCCAACAUUCAGUCGAAAACAAAAAACCCUUCCACAAGAGUCGCCGGAUGUCACGGAAGAAGUGUUAGAGAGGCUCCGACCGUAUAGCAAAAAGCCCGAAGAGUGGACGGCCCAACUCCAACAAAUUGAUAGCGAAGGGUACAGACCUCAACUCAUCUUUAUUGAUACUGGACUUGUUACAGAACUUAAUGCCAAGAAUCGCGCUAAUUUCCUCGAUCUCUUCAAAUCAAUUGCAGAAUUCGAUGGUUACAAAGCUGGUCAUUUGAUGGUGGAGCGUUGUAGGCAACCAGACGCUGUCAUCGAUGCAGAGGUCUUCGCACUACGGAUGCAACAUCUCGUGCUCGGCGUGAAGAGCCGAACUUUCGCUCUGGGUAAUAUCAAGAUUGGUGAUAUAUUGAACGAAGUGCUCUCUAUGGUUAGGGCGCACCACGUCAGACUCGAGGGCGACUUUGUCAAUGUGGUGUUGAGUAUCUUGCUCUUGGAAGGCAUCGGGAGGAGCCUCGAACCUGACCUGGACCUGUUCGCUGGCGCUCUACCCAUACUUCGAAAACUCGGCGCCCAGAGUGGCUCUUCAAUGAUCCGUGGCGGAGAUUUCUCUAUGCUCAAGGUUUGGGCAGGCCUAGAAGCACGUAGUUUUCUCCAGGCUUCCAUCGAAAGCGUAAGUCCUCGUGAGCGCUCAACAUGCGUUACCUUUAACUGACGCGAGUUUUCAGGUCGAGAGAUGUGUGAAAUACGACUGGCUGUCGCCAAAUUUCUAAUGCGCCGCC